CAAUCUUGAGGUACAGCUAUGGAUUCGGAGACUGAUACUGAUACACACUCAAUUUGUAAUUCGGUAUCUUCCGGAGAAAAUUACAAGAGUCCUGAGAGUUCCGAUUGUGAAGGCUAUGCCACACCUCUCGCUUCCAGCUUAACCGACAUUUCCAAUGUCAUCAAUCAUAGCGUCACUAUCAAAGUUCCAGACACCAUUGCCGACGCGAACGAUUUAGAGCCAGGGGAGAGAACACCAGUGAGCACACCACGCGCGAUUUCCCCUCCGAUAGUGAAACAGGUCAUGUAUCUACAGAAACCAAGAAUUCUCGUGAUGACUCAAAGAGAAAUUCACGAAGAGUGCUGCAGCAGCGAAGAAGAAUUCUAUGAUGUGGACGAUGUUCAGAUUCGAGAUGUGGCUCAACAGUUGUUGAAUGGAGUGUCGGACGAUAAAACCGAGACGGAAGCAGGAAACAACGACGUCAUAAUUGCGGAAGAAGAUCGAGCAGACACACCUAUUGUUAUAGAAGAUACGAGGGAAUUUGAGGAAACGUAUUCAGAAGAAGAUGAACGUCAGACUCCGAUUCAAAUGGAAAAUGCUACAAGUGAGGUCAGUAGCUCAGAAGAUGAGAUAUCAGAUUCCGUCGUAGAAUUGACAAAUGAUAUGAUGUCAAAAAUUACUGAGAUUGAAGAAAUUCAUGCCCAAGUUCAUUCUGAAAGUUUUGGUUCAUCAGAUUCAGGAGAUCACUUGGAAGUAAAAUCUGAAGCCACAAACUUUCCAGAGUAUUCAAAUACAGAAGAAUUCGAAGUUCCUAAGAACGAUUAUGUGACUGUAGAAAAUGUCAAUGAAUCGACAAUUGAUUCCGUUGUAAUUGAUUCACAAACACCGACAAAAGACACAAAAAAUGAAGUUAACAUUUCCCAGAAUGUUGUUAAUCUCGUGCGUUUGGAAAGCCAUUUAGAAAACUAUGACGACGAGACAACAAACACUGUUAUCGCUGAAUGUGUUUAUGAUGCUCAAGAAAAUGAAAAGUGUGAAAAAAACGAGGAAGAUGAUUUGUCCCCAGUUUUGGAUUCCAACAAAAUUAAAAACUCUCCAGAAUCAAAAUUUUGCGAGUUCCGCGCGGAGUCAGAAUGCUAUGAGCAAACUGAAGAAACUGAUCAAAUUAAACAGUUUGUUCCGUUAAUGGAAGUUUCUGUAGCUAAUCAGGAAUUUGAUGAGUUAUGUGAUAUUGAGCGAAACGGUGGGAAUUCCAAAGACAGACCAAAAGAUUUGAAUGAAAAUGUGAAAGCUUUCGAUGCAGAACACCAUGAAAAUAGUGUAUUGGAAUAUGAACAGUUGCCCGAUGUGUUUUCUGAAAUCACAAUUGCCAAAACGCCAAUUCCGGUUGUCCAUGAAAAUUCGAUCAGUGGUGUUUCAAAAGAAUCUCAAGUUUCCUUCAACCAGGAAGCUGUUCAAAAUGAACUCAUGCCAACACACAUUAUUUCUGAUGAGGUUGAAACCUCAUCAACUACUGCUGACAACAACAUUCCAUUUUCUGACUGUUCAACGCAUAAAGUGAAAGUCGAUUUUGAUGGUUACUCAUCUGGAAAGGAGGAAAGUUUAUCAUCUUCUACGUCAUCUGAAAGUUUCGAGUUUGCUGAGCCGGUUACGGAAAACCACAUCCAAGACGAGAGAGCGCAAGCUUUGCGGAACUCAAUUAUCGAACGGUAUCCGUCUAACGACACAGAUGAUGAUGAACUAGACAGCGUCGGUGAUGAAUUCGAUGAAGAUUUGCUUGCAGUGAAGCAGAUAUCUGCAGAAGUUGAACAGCUGGUUGCGGCUAUCAAUGCAUUCGGGCGAGACGAAGAACAACAGAUGAGCGCCUAUAUGGUUGGAAAGAAGAUGGCGGCCGAGAAAAAAAGAAAAAGUGCGAUGGACACUACUGCAAUGACCUCUUCGUGUCAAGACCAAACUGUUCAGACGGACAACAAUUCGUUCAUUCUUGUCGAUCGACACGUUCCAGAAGUGAUGGAGAGUCUCCAAGUGGAAAUUGAUAGACUGCAGGGAGACCUGGAAAAGGUUAAAAGUGGAGAAAAGGAACUUCUGCAAAUUAAUUCAAAGCUCAAGGAAGAGCUUGAAGAAUCCCAACAAACUAUUGACGGAAUCGAGAUUGAAGCAGAACAGCAAUACACCGAACUCACAUCGGAAAUUGAUGAGCUUUGUGAAAUUGUGCAAAGAAAAGACCAAGAGCUUGCUAUUCUCAAAGAGAAAGUAACCAAUGUGAUAAAUAUUGAAAACAGCUUAAAAGAUGACGUGGAUUCCCAAAAAGUUAUCGUUCAGCGCCAAAAGGAGAUUAUUGAAAAUCUUAGAGAAGAACUGGAUGCAAUUACUAAGAAGCUCGGGGAGGUCACAAAACUGAGAGAUAAAGCUGUUGAGGAGGCCACACUAUACAAAAUGAAAAACAUGGAGCGGGAUCGUUUCUUAUCUAGAGAAGCACAAAUGUCCAUGGAAAUUGAGGAUUUGCAGCGAGAACUUAACAAGCAGAAACUUAUUCUUAAUCAAACAAGUAUGGCUAAACUAGCCGAUACCUUCGAUAGAAAAGUUCUCCACCUUGAGAACGAACUGCGGGAGAGAGAUAUGCUUAUUUGUAAGCAAAAUCAAAUCAUCAACAGUCAUCGGAAGUCGCCGACCGGAUCAGUUAUCACUCAUCGCAAAAUGCAACCUCGUGCGUCAGUUCUUGCUGCUGCAGGAAAUUUGCCAAGUGCCGGUAGUAGCUCAGAAUCGUUCCAAAAUGGGUUAGAUGUUGAAGCAAGAGAGGCCUUGUUAAGCUUUAUUUUGAGCGAUCGGCAUAACCAACUUGCGAAUAUCUACAACAUUGGACGCAUUUUGGAUUUGACACCACAAGAGGAGCGUUCUGUAGAACGACAUCUGACGAAGGAUCGUUUCACCUAAUUUUGUAACAGUUAAUUUAUGAAUGAUCCCUGAAGUUGUAUAUAUUACCAAGUAUUUUUUCUCCUCAAAAAAUUUAUACUGAUCCUAAACGCCAUAUUGGUGUCAUGUUUUUUUUUUCAUUCUUGCAAAUCUUUUCAGUUUGUUUUUUUUGUAGAAUAGAGCUUUAGAUGCAUACAAAGCACUUUCAUUUUAAUAUUUCGGCAAAAACGCCGUACCCGGUAUAACUAUUUUAUUCAUUAUUAGUUUCCUUUUUUUCAAAUAAUUUCUUUAAAAAGUAACAUUCCCCAUUUUACAUACUUGAAAUUUAAAGAAAAACGACUGAAAUCGAUUCAUUUUCUUAAAUAAAUGGCUAUUGUAGAAA